GACAGGAAGUAGGUUCAGCAUGGUUUCAGACCAGACGGAGGUAGAGGAGCUGAGUGCUAGAUGAAGAGUUGUUGCUGUAUGAAGUGAAUUGGUUAAUGUAGGAUGGAAAACUCAACAGCUGGAAAAUGGGACAGUUUACCAGUAAAACUGGACGACAACAUUACACAGACUCUCGACGAAUUGAAAUUUACCCACAUGACUCCAGUCCAGGCCGCUUGCAUACCUCUCUUCAUGAGUAACAAAGAUGUGGCUGCCGAAGCGGUGACUGGCAGCGGAAAGACUCUUGCCUUUGUGAUUCCGAUUCUUGAGAUUCUCCGCAAACGUGAAGAGCAGCUUAAGAAGCUACAGAUUGGUGCACUAAUCAUCACACCCACUCGAGAACUGGCCCUACAAAUUAGUGAGGUUAUGGGACGUUUCUUGCAAAGAUAUCCCCAGUUCAGACAAAUUCUUUUGGUUGGUGGCAGCAAUCCUAUUGAUGAUGUGGAGAGGUUUAAGAGCCAGGGGGCAAAUAUUAUUGUGGCAACACCGGGUCGCCUGGAAGACAUGUUCCGUCGGAAAGCUGAUGGACUGGAUCUGGCCAGCUGUGUGAAGACUUUGGAUGUUCUUGUUCUGGAUGAAGCCGACCGUUUGCUUGGCAUGGGAUUUGAAGCUAGCCUUAACACCAUCCUGGGCUACUUGCCCAAGCAACGGAGGACAGGGCUGUUCUCCGCCACUCAGACACAGGAACUGGAAAAGUUGGUGAGGGCGGGGCUUCGCAACCCUGUGCGAAUCGCAGUCAAGGAGAAGGGUGUAGCUGCCAGCAACUCUCAGAAAACCCCAGCGAGACUCAGCAACUACUACACUAUGUGUAGAGCUGAGGAGAAGUUCAACACACUGGUGGCCUUCCUGAGGCAGCACAAGAAUGAGAAGCAGCUGGUGUUCUUCAGCACCUGUGCCUGUGUGGAGUACUUUGGGAAAGCCCUGGAGGUUCUCAUCAAGAAGGUCACCAUCCUCUGCAUCCACGGCAAGAUGGACAAGAAAGACAAACGCAGCAAAAUCUUCUCUGAAUUCCGAGAGCUCAAGAGUGGGAUUCUGGUGUGCACAGAUGUGAUGGCACGAGGCAUCGACAUCCCAGAUGUUCACUGGGUGUUGCAGUAUGACCCUCCCAGCAAUGCCAGCUCUUUUGUCCAUCGCUGUGGCCGAACUGCUCGCAUUGGUAACCAUGGCAAUGCCCUUGUUUUCUUGCUGCCCAUGGAGGAGACGUAUGUCAACUUCCUGUCCAUCAACCAGAAGUGCCCUCUGCAAAAAUUACCUCGUAUAAAGGAUGUGGUGGACGUCUUGCCAAAGAUAAAGGCCCUGGCACUUUCAGACCGUGCUAUCUUUGAGAAGGGCAUGCGAGCGUUUGUAUCCUACUUCCAGGCCUACGCCAAACAUGAGUGCAGCCUCAUCUUCAGGAUCAAAGAUCUCGACUUUGCUACUUUGGCCAAGGGCUUUGCGCUUCUCCGCAUGCCUAAGAUGCCGGAACUGUGGGGCAAGAGUUUUCCCGACUUCCAGGAGGAGGCGGUGGAUACAGACACCAUUCGCUUCAAGGACAAACAACGGGAGAAACAGAGACAGAAGAAGCUUGCCGAACUGAAAGAGAAACCAGCGAUGCCCAAGAAAAGCUUCAUCAAGAACAAAUCCUGGUCCAAACAGAACAACAAAAAAGAAAGAAGGAAAAAGAAUGCUGCCAAGAGAAAGCGGGCAGAGGGAUCUGACAUUGAAGAUGAAGACAUGGCUGAACUCCGGAGCGAUACCCGUCUCCUCAAGAAACUGAAGAAGGGUAAAAUCAGUACUGAGGACUUUGAUAACCAGAUGUCUGGUCGGCGUGACUCGUAGUGUAAUCGAAUCUUGGGACUUGGACUCCGAGGGCACCCAAGGGCCCAAAGCAUAGAACACAACAGAGUGGAUGUGGGUGUGAGUGAGUCACCUGCAGUUUGAGCGAGUUCUGGAGAGAGAGAGAGAGAGAUGCUUGGGGACAUAGUCAGGCAUAUGAGGUCCUGAUGAAGUCUGUGCAGGAAAGCUUACCUUUUGCCAAAACAAACCAGUUAAAAUAUUGGUGUUUUAUAAACUACUUUGAAAUGUAUUCACAACAGAACAGAAUAUGUUAUCUGUAGUGGGGCAGGAAACAGUUAAAGGUCAGACACCCUCUAUUCCUUGUGGUCCUACUUGCCUGGAUAUUCCUCUUUUCCAGCAGAGGCAAGAACGGAUGGCUGGAAUAUCCUGCUACCCUCAGGACUAUGUUAUAAAAAUGUACAGACUUGAUUUGUAUUUGUAAAUCAUAGUGUUGCUGUUCACAAUAAAUGUUAAUACGUUUAACAUGAGCUUUUA